AGGUGGCAGUCGUGCUCUGCUUUAAUCAGCCCGCCACUGAUCGAGGCGGGACUGUCGGUUAAUUGUUAACGAUGGCGACGCCCGGUCUCGCUUUGUUCCCGUCCUCCGGACCGAGCGGAUGCAGCUUUUCCAGUGCCAAAGUACAUCAAAGUAUCUCCUGAGAUCUUCUGAUUGUUGUCCAAUAUUGGCGACGAGCGCAUUGCCUGUGGACCCAUUCUACAGAGGAAACACCUGACGAUCGUCCCAUCGUGUCAUUCAUCUACAUUCUCCAGGUCUCAUCUCUUAAAAAUGGAUGUUGGAACUAGCCGUUUGAGGAAAGAAUCUGCGAUUCCGUUGGACCAGUGCAGCCUACCGACUCCUGAAAUCAGGAUUACGGCCGACGAGAUUUACCCAUUCGCACUUGUUCUUAGGCUGAGGGUGUUGCAGAUUGUCUGUGGAAUUACAUCUCUCAUAAUGGGCACAGUUGCGCUGAUAGAAGUGAGAGGAGAAAUUAACUUGGGUCUGGGCAUGCCUGCAGGUGUCGUUACAGUCAUAGCAGCAGGUGCAAGUAUUCACACAAGCAGAGGUUUUAGCGGUUAUAAAGAACCAAACUGCAACUCAAAACUUCGGUUCUUGGGCCCAAGGCUGAGUGUUGCGGUGCCAAUGACAUUUUUAUGGUUCGUUGCUUGCAUGUUGCAAGUCGUUCUGUCCGGUGCAUGCCUGAGGGAGCUUGCCUUCUUCCCGAGCAACACACAGAUGUCGGUGCUCGCUUCGUUGUUACUCGCCCUCUCCCUCCUCACACUCACAGCAGUUUUUGUCCUCCUUCGGAUAGACUGUCAUUACGACCCCGACUGACCCAUGCUGCCGGCCCUUGAGCCCAUACCGGCUGUGAGUCUGGUAGCGUCCGAAAGGCCGACAAGGCUCGCCUGGGUUGCCUGAAUCUAGUGCAAAGUUGAACAGAGAUUUGAAGAGUGGACCAAUCUUCAUUUUCAAAAAAAAAAAAUAUUUAAAAAGAUCUAGUAAUAUUAUUUUGUACAAUCCCUGAAUAAUUUAUUUUUUGAGUUAUCGUGGAAUAAGCAAUGUUGAUAUGAAAUAAUAGUCAUUUUCAAUUGUAAAAAAACAUGAUGAAAGGAUAAUUGACUAUAACAAAGUAAGCUAGCAUAAUACAAAGCAUAUUUAUGACGUCAACUUAUUUAAAUUUCUAGUUAAUUACUGACAGAAAUAUUUUUAUAAGUUAAUUAAACUGAAAUAAGACAGUAGAUAUAUUUAUUUAAAAUAUUUUUAAACAAAGUGAAUUAGACAUUUUAAGGAUAACUCAAAACUGACUUUUUUGUUUUUAUUUUGUCAUUACAUGUGAAUUUACAAGUUUUACCUUUCUUAGAAAGGUUUCAGUGGUUUGGACACUUGUUAUAAAAUUUAUCUAUGUAUAAAAAUACAUAAUUUUCUUUUCUCUUUUAUAAAUAUGUAUUUUUCCAAACAGGAACCAUGCCUGCACACAAUUUAUUCAUGAAAGGUUGACACUAAAUGUCAACUUUAAGCAAAUUCUAAAACAUAUCAGAGUUGAUUCUGUAGAUUUUUUGUUUUAUAAAUAAUUCAAUAAAUGAAUUGGAAGGAUAAUAAAAUUAUUUUUAUAAUCUGCUAAAGACAAUGUCUUUUUUUCAGAUUAGAUUUUAGAUUUAUUUUACUAGUGUCGCAUAACCAUAAAAAAUGCUAUAUUUUUAUAAUUGUCAUCUGAAAAUCAUAAAUUGAUAUACUCCAUACGAUGUAAGAUUUAUAAAUUUUGUAUAUAAUGUUUCUAAUGUAGUUAAAUCAUUUUAUAAACUUGUAUAGUAACUGUUAAUGUAAUUUUGUUUUGUAGUUUUAUUAAUGUAAACAUUGUUAGCAGUGAAUUGUUGCCAAGAAACAGCUGAAUAAAAUGUCAAAAUUUAUUAGUAAUUAAAAAUUACUAGUGCCAAAAACAUGAAAUUGACUCAGAAAACAGACAUGAAAAAAUUCUAAUAUGUCCAAAUUGUCCUCUUUGAGGCAAAUAAUAUUCUUAAUUUUGUAAAGUUGCAAAACCUUGGAUAUUAGAAGAAGUAAUUUUUCAAAAGGCUCUUAUCUUUUCUGGUUGUUUUUAUUCUUUA